GGAGGGGGCGGGUCGUUCAGCUGGUGUUUCCGUGAGGCCUAUUCCGCCGCUCGUGCUAGGCAUGUAGAGUCGGCAGCUGGAGGGUCAGGUGAAACAAAAUGGCUCUAGCAGGAAUCCGUGUAAUCGAGCUGGCAGGUUUAGCACCUGCUCCCCUGUGUGGAAUGAUUUUGGCUGAUUUUGGUGCCACAGUUGUACGCAUAGAUCGAACAAGGAUGGCUACAACUGACGUGUUAGGUCGAGGUAAACGCUCAGUGGCCUUGAAUCUGAAGAAACCAGAAGGAGUCAAAGUGUUGAAGCAGCUUUGUAAUCAGUCUGAUGUUCUCAUUGAACCUUUCCGUAAAGGUGUCAUGGAGAAGUUGGGUCUGGGCCCUGAAGAUUUAUUUAGCCAGAAUCCAAAGCUUAUCUACGCCAGGUUGACUGGGUUUGGACAAAGCGGACUAUAUUCCCGAAAUGCUGGGCAUGAUAUCAACUUCAUUGCAGUAUCAGGUCUUCUGUCAAAAUUUGGCAGGAAAGGUGAGAAACCUUAUGCACCACUAAACGUUCUCGCUGACUUUGCUGGAGGUGGCAUUAUGUGUGCCAUGGGUAUAAUGCUAGCUCUGUAUGAGAGAAUACGAUCUGGGAAAGGACAGCUCAUCGAUGCAAGCAUGAUCGAAGGAGCAGCUUACUGUGGCUCUUGGUUUUGGAAAUCACAGCAGUUGGGCAUUUGGGAUCAGCAAAGAGGUGAAAACCUACUGGACACUGGAGCACCAUUCUAUGAAACGUACAAGACAUCGGAUGGAAAGUACAUGGCUGUGGGUGCAUUGGAGCCUCAGUUUUAUGAGCAACUGAUAGAAGGUCUUGGCUUGGAUUCCACCAAACUCCCCCCUCAGAACAGCCAAUCAGACUGGCCUGAGUUAAAAAGAAUUUUUACAGAAGCAUUUGCUGCAAAGAGCCAAGAACACUGGACCAAGAUCUUUGAUGGAACUGAUGCUUGUGUUACUCCUGUUUUGUCUUUCCAAGAAGCUUUCAGUCAUCCACACAAUCGAGAAAGGGGAUCUUUUAUUACUGCUCAGGAUGGACAAGUCAGCCCAAGACCAGCUCCGGUCCUGUCCCGGACCCCAGCCAUUGUCAGCUUGGAAAGGGAUCCACGAGUGGGAGAGCACACACAACUUGUGUUGGCCGAGCAUGGUUUCACAAAAGAACAGAUGAAUAAACUCGAGUCUGCUGGUGUUAUUGAAUGCAAUAGAUCAAAAUCUAAUUUGUAACAGAAAAUAUGUAUUAUUUCACAAUACUAUAAUAAUCAAAUUUUGUGCCCGAGUGAUAUUUGAAUAAUUUCAUUUUCAAAAAAAAUGAAUUUUAUUUUUCUCAUUAAAUUUUAAAAAUUGAA